AUGGUUUCCGAUAAUCAAUUUCGUAGGAUUCUUAGUUUUGGGUCGAAUCAGAAUCUUGGUGUUACAAAACAAGCAUCAAAUAGUGGCCUUAAAAAAAUGAUUAACGCUCUAAAGAUGAAUGAUCACGACUCGCUCCUCAUAGAAUCUUACAUUCGAGAAGUGGUAAAAGAUGAGGUCGUAAGAAAACUCCAAGAGCACUUAUUUUCAAGAGACAAGAAUAAUGAUGCUGGCAAAUCUGGAUCUAGAUUCUUAGAGUUGUGUUUUAUGAAUAACAAUAAGUUGCCAAUUAUGACUUAUACUAAAACUAAUAUAAUUCCAAAGGAUGAACUAUUUCAAGUUGCAUUAUUUGAUGUUAGAUCUAAGUCAAUAGUCAACGAUGGUCCUUUCUCUUCAAUAAAGAUAGAGAUUUGUCCCAUCAAGGGUGAGUUUGAAUUUGUUGAUGAUGAAGAUUGGACUGAAAAUGAAUUCAAUGAUAAUAUCUUGCAUGAAAGAGAGAAUAAAGAACCAUUGUUGGUUGGAGACACGUUUGUUACUCUUGAAAACGGAGUUGCUUCUAUUUCUAAAAUUAUGUUCACAGAUAACUCUGGAUGGGUAAAAAACAAAAAGUUCAGUUUAGGAGCAAAAGCUAUGGAAAACGGAGAGAUCAUUAAGGAAGGUAGAAGUAAAGCUUUUAGGGUCAAAGAUGUCAGAGGAGAAGCUUACAAGAAACAUUAUCCUCCAUACUUGAAGGAUGAUGUGUGGCGUUUGAAGAAAAUUUCUGAAAAUGGACCAUUCCGUGACCGACUCCGUAGCAACGGAAUUCAUACUGUUAAGGAUCUGUUGAGGUUACUCAUAACCAAUGAAUCUUCAUUACGUGAGAAAUUUGGAAAAAUUCAGAAGAAAUGCUGGUCUGAUAUUAUCGAACAUGCCCGGUCGUGUGUUGUAGAUGAUUACAUGCUUUAUAGCUAUGAGAUAAUUCGAGAACCAAUACUGCUUCUAUUCAAUGUGAUCUAUGAACUUGUUGGUGUGACAUUUGAUACACAAAAGUUUUAUUUACCAGAUGAUCUCAGACUCACACCCAUCCAGAAGAAUUUGGUUGAAAUGGUGAAGAAAGAUGCAUACAAAAACAUUGAAAAUUUAAAAGCAAUUGAUGAGGGUACAUUGAACUCCAUAAGCUUAGAAGCAUGUAUAAAAUCAACGCAAGAACAAGAUGUGCAACAUAUUGAUAUCUCUGCAGAGAAUGGUAAUGAUGGAAUGCAAAAUAUUGAAAUGAAUGUUGAUCCGGUGGAAGACAUAGGAGAAAUACCAGAAAACAAUUAUUGUCAUUCAAUAGAGAAUCUCAUAAAUGUUGGUUAUUUUGAAGGAGCUGAGUGGAGCACUUUAGUUGAUUUACUGAGUCCUGAUCCAUUUAUCUCUAGUUCAAAUGUUAAUGAUGGAACGCAAAAUGUUGAAAUCAAUGUUGAUCGAGAGCCUGACAUUAGAGAAAUACCAGGAAACAGUUAUGAUGUUUUAGAUGGUAAUUUUGAUGAAGCUGAGUGUAGCACUUUGGUUGAUAUGGUAAUAUCAAACAUUGAGAAACCAAAAGCAGUGUGGUGUAAGAUUCGUGCUAUUGUGAAAUGGAAAAUAUCAGGGAAAAGAAGAGUUGCAGCAGCUAGCCUAGAGGAAUGA